GCCAAGAACGACUCGGUAUGGAGAAUGGACAGAUUUUGGACCAUCACUUAUCCUCUUCUAGUAGCUGGAACAGCCAGACGCACGGGCCGCAGCGGGCCAGACUGAAUCAGAGAGCCGACCCGGAGCUGGGACUAGCCGGAGGAUGGCGCGCCGACACGGGUAGCUCAGCAACCGGAGAGACGUGGAUACAAGUCGACUUUGCGCAGUGGACCAAUCUUACAGGGGUCAUUACGCAGGGUCGCGAAGAUAAAAGCGAGUGGGUGACCCAAUUCAAAGUGUCAUAUUUCCAGAAUGACUGGCUCUUUGUAAGCACACCUGGAGACGGCCAGCCGCAGGAGUUCUUUGGUAACUAUGACACCUACCACCCUGUGACAAACCUCUUCCUGCACCAAGUUGUCGCCAAGUCGGUUCGAGUGCAUCCCAUCACCUGGUACAGGAGACCAAGCAUGCGUUUUGAGCUUCUGGGCUGCACAGAUGGUGACCUUAUUUUGAACGGCUAA